GUGACCAGGCCAUGCCCCCAAAUGUCCCCAAAUGACUUGAUUUGACCUGGACACCCCCCCAAACGUCCCCAAAUAAACAGGAAGUGACCUGAUAUUGUCCCCGAAAUGUCCCCAAGCCAACUUGGGCGGGGCUAAGAUCUGUAUCUCCAAACAGCAAAGACCCAAAGUAAUUUCUCCAGAAAUUGCAGUUUCAUGCCCUGCUGGAUGCUUUAAUCAUGAUUAAUGUAACAACUUCAAGCUUUUCCAAAUGAAAUAAACAUUCUUAGAACACAUUCAAUUGAAGUUACAGAACAAGUGACGAAAUAAUGUCCCAUUUAAAUAAAUUAAAUGGAAAUGAGCCAAAAUGUCCAUAAUGAAAUCAAAGGAAUAACAUCCCAAAGAGCCACUAGAGGGCGCCCGAAACAUUACAAAUACACAGUCAUCAGACAUGCCAAUGCAAUGACAAUUGUCCAGAUGCACUUUCCUGGGCUCUUAACACAGAUUUUUAGUCAUAAUCAGGCCAUUUAUGCCAAGGGGCCCAUAUUUUUGGCCCACUAUUUCAUCACAGUGUACUGUGAAACCCUUUACAUGCAAUCCAACCCAUGCGUUCAUAUUUUGUAUAUCAAUCAGAUUUUGUUGCACUGCAUUCUUCAAACUUCUCACCCCAAAUAAUUGGCAGUCGUUACAGUAGAUAGCGCCAAACCUUUUUCUAAAAGAGGAAAAGAACAAAAUUAAAGAAGAACUAUUAUUUUUUAAGCUUGUAAUCAAGUAUCAAAACUGACAAAAGUCAAAUAAAGCAAACUGUAGAAAAACAAAAUAGAAUAUAAAUUAAACAAUUGCCAGAUUGGGGGCCCCCUAGUGGUCAGGGGCCCGAAGCAGCUGCAUAGUCUGCGUAUAGGCUGGGCCGGCCCUGGUCAUAAUGAUGUGUUUUGUUUACCGCAUUUCCUUCUUCUCGUGAGUCUUCACAAAUAUAACAAAAUUGCAGGGGGUUUUCGGGCUCUGGCCUGCAAAUCAAGUUAAUUGAUCGGCUCGAGCCGGGUGGGGCUGGAUUUUUUUUUAGGCCCGAUCUAACCUUUACUCUGAAGAUGUUCAAAGGACAAUCAUACAGUCAAUUGGACUGAACAUACAAUCAUCCUACUUGAUGUGGUGAUGCACGAUAAAUUAUUUCUUACUAUGAACGUACCAAAUCUUAUUUUAUUGUCCUGACGGUAAUCUUUAUUUCUUUUCAUGGACAUAAGUAAACUGGCAUAUUGACACAUUCACAAAUCACAUAAUCUGUAAUUCGCUGCCAACGGACCAGUCGCGCUUUACUCGCGGAAGCUGUGUUGGUUUUCGCGGUGAGGGUGGAUUUUAAUUCCUCAUAACUGCAUGAUUAUGGCGCAUUCCUCUUCCAUGAAGUAAGGUGCCUGUUCCAUCGUCACAAGUAGUGUUUGACUCUGGUCUCCCGCCCCUUUUUCUGUAAACGCGCAGUCACUCUGACUGGGUGGACACAGGUUCGACUAAUCAACCUCAUAAUCGGCGUCAUAGCACCGAUUGACCACAAACUAUAUAACCAGGUUUUGUCAACUCUGGUUAUCCGCUGGUAAACUGGAUUACUGUCCGUUCGUAGUAUAGGCCACUGGUUGCUUCAAUUUAUUUUGUUUCUGUCGAUGUCCCUUUAAAGUGCAUGUGACACGAAAAAGCAUGUUUAUUUCAUAAUACACGCGGUAUUUUAUGCUCCUAUAUGCUGCUAUAGCGAUCGCUAUAUUUAUUUAGUUUUUUUAAUCCCGCGCCAUGAAAAUGAGUGACUUCCGGCAACAGUCUCGAGUUGAGAAAGAGGGCGCUGUGACGUGUACGGGAGAAGGAGUCCUCUUCACUAUACAGUAGUUCUGUUGUGUAUGAGGACUAUGGAUUCAGCUGAUUUUGCGUAUUAAUACGUUUAUUUUUCGCAUCACGGUCGCCAAACGGCUGCAGAAAAAUCUUGUUGUAUAAGGGAGAGGCGUGUGCGCCUUUAUGGAGUUUCAAAAGGUUCUCAUUCACCCUGGAUGUUGGCCAAAACAAGCCCUACUACUGUGGGAUCAUAGGACUUACAAGGAAGUGAGUAAACAUCUUGUUUUGUAUUAUGUCAAAUACGAAUACAGCGAUUACAAAAUAAACACAACAAACUUUCUUUAGAUAAAGGACUACUUACGUUUGAUCAUUCAUAGGCAUGUAAAAAGCUCUCCUCAUGCACAUUAGCUGCACAACAACUGCAGCUGCCCUCCUACGGGGAACGAGCUGUAAAUUUCUCUCCGCCGGGCGGUUUGCCGAUCCGCAAAGACAAUCGACAACCCAGUCGUCAUGUCAAAUAAUCCGGGCUAGUUAUGUGUGAUUUUCCGCUUUGAAAACUUUGAAACAUCAGUCGGUUCGGGUUAGCAUGUCGGCUAGCUGUCACGCCUCUUGGUUUGUUUACAUUCUCCGAAGCCGGGGAAGGGAAAUGACAUAUGUCCGAUUUAGGUGUCAUAAAAUAUCGUUCGGGAGGUGCGACAGUAAAGGUGAAGUCGACAGUUUUGACCAUUAUGGAGUAAUUUUGCCAUGUCGUCCUGAAUAAGUGCAUUUUUAUGAUUUCAUAUUCCGUUUAGCACAAGACUGUUAUUUGUCGUGACCAUGCCAUUUAUUUAGCAAUUGAGGAAAAUACUUGGACAUAAAGAGUAUCCUGUAAAAAUAUUGGAGUAGAGAGACUGAAACAAUUACAUUUUGCGGCUCUUCGUUGUGUUUAUCUCGUUCUGAAUAAUUCCCCCUUAAUGGGCUGAAUACGCUAGAGCACAAUAUUGGUAGGCGUGGCUAACCGGCAGAUUAAAAGACUAAUUUCUCGUCUUCUGCGCUUUGCUAAAUUGUUGUAUAUAGUCAAAUCGUCUCAAAAUGAUUCUAAUUCACAUAAUAAUGCUAUUUAAGACUUUAUUUCUCCUGUCGUAUGCUCUUUAAGGGCUCAGCGUGACAUAAGUGUAACAUAAAUAAAGACUUACAAAGAACUCAAAACUGUUUGCUAUUUGUCAAUCCCAUGUCCCUUAGUAUGAAUUCAAAUGCAAAUUAAUUAAUUAGUGUAGAUGAGACAAAAAGACGGCAGGGUGAGGACAACCAGUCAGUUCGCAUUGUGAUGUUCCACAUUUUUGCUUGAUGUUGUUGACGAGAAGACUCGUACCUGUUUCAAGAGUGCAAACUCGCGUACCAAUCGGAUAAUUGUCGCGGUUUUAUUCUGAAAGUCACACAGAGGAUGUCACAUCCUCCGCAUGUCGACUUGACACAGGUGUAUUUAGCAGCUGAAUGUAAUUAGAACUGACAACAAAAAGUAGCAGGGAAGAAGACAACGUGAGCGCCGUCAUGUACGCGAAAAAAACAAAGCUCAAAGGCUUUGGAAAACACAAAAAAAAGAACAAAGUUUGGGAAGGCACUGCGGUUGCGGAGGGCAUGGCAGGCAACCAGGAUUUCUCUGAGGCGGCGAAGGCCGAGUGGCUAGCGGCUAAGGAGGAUGAACUCAGGGCGGCGGGCGACAGGGAUACAGACAUGAUGGUGUGGUGGAGCAAAGUGGAACAGUGGGACGAGAAUACAUCAAAAAAAGAAUCCAAACACCAUGACAAGUCAGAGUCUUUCAGCACUUUGGUGAACAACGUGGACUGCGGCCUGCGCGUCUACAACCAGAUCUUUACUGCGCGCGCCGAGGCCUUAAGGCAGCACGUGGUGAAGCUCCACCAGCUCGCCCAACACCUCAAAAUCUUCCACAAGAAGGCCAAAAACGUCAACUCCUCGGGCGGCACCACGGCGGCCGUCGGUGGAGCGGCGGUCAUCGCUGGUAUUUUAUUUGCGCCAUGCACUUUAGGGCUGUCUCUCCUCGGCACGGUCGUGGGCCUGGGCGUGGCCGCCGCCGGGGGGAUCACUUCAGCUUCCGCCAGCAUCUCUGAUAACGUCAACAACAUCCAAGAGCGCAAGAAGGCGGAAGCGGUUCUCCAGCAGUACGAGAUAGACUCCCGGGAGUUGGCCAAGAUCCUUCACUUCAUCCAUCACGAUCUCGAGAAACUACGCGGGCAUCCUUUCCUCAAAUCCGGCAAGCAGCCCUAUUCCGAGUCCCAGGAAGUUGGCAAAGCCGUAAAGAUGAUCAGCUUGGCGUACUCGCUCGUCACGAGAGCCAUGAAAAUUAUGGACGGCAACUUGGACCGUGUCCACAAACUUCAGGUUGGCACGGCCAAAUACUUCAAGGGCACCCGGAAUAAGAAAGCCUCCAAGACAAAAUUGGUGGUUCAUAUUUCUGGGGCCGCAAAUACGCUCAGCAAUGUAUUACAGGAGCUUAACGACAUCUGGAAAGAGCUCCAGGUUGCCAUUGGCCAAUUUUAAAGACUAUUGGGGUUUAAUGGUCAUCCUGUCCACGGUGAUAAACGUGCAAUCUGUCUGAACUGGGAGGGUGGAAGCGAAUGGCAAUGUGAAUUAAAGCACAUUGAACAAUGAUGCUAUGAUUUCAUGAUCACUUUUUAAAUCAAAUAUGUCUCUAGAUACGUAGUGUAAUGUAUAAAUUGGCAGUUUGUGUAUGAAUGGUUCAUAAAACUUAAGACAAUAAAAAUGGUUUGUAAUGUAUUGGUCCUAUUUUU